UCGAGUUUCAACCUGAAUAACGGUACAAUCUGUCCAACCUAAUAAUUUCAUCGUUAAGUUGAGCUAACAAGGGCCCGUUUGGACCUUAGUUUAAGUAUUCUCAAAGUGCAGUUUCACAUGAAACAAAGUUUAAACCUUAGUUUGAUUCCUUGUUACAACAAAUUCAAUUUCCCAGUGUAACAUAGGAGCUGAAACAAAUGAACGUAUCCUCAAAACUUUCCUCAACCUUCUUUUCAACAACACCACACAUUCUCACAAAAUGCAUUACUCUCAUACAACACUGCGCCUCUUCAAAACACAAACUAAAACAAAUCCACGCAUUUUCCAUUCGACACAAUGUCCCACUCAACAACCCCGACAUCGGAAAAUACCUUAUUUUCACAAUUGUUUCUCUCUCAGCACCUAUGUCUUAUGCUAACAACGUUUUCACAUUGUUACAUAACCCAAAUGUCUUUACUUGGAACACAAUGAUUAGAGGUUACGCUGAAAGUGAUAAUAAUUCUGCUCCUGCACUUUCUUUAUACCGUAAAAUGUUGGUUUCUUGUGUUGAACCUGAUACUCAUACUUACCCGUUUCUUCUUAAGGCGAUUUCGAAGUCGUUGAAUGUUAGAGAAGGUGAAAUGAUUCAUUCGGUUACGAUAAGAAAUGGGUUUGAGUCGUUGAUUUUUGUUAGGAAUAGUUUGCUUCAUAUUUAUGCUGCUUGUGGUGAUACUGAAAGUGCACGUAAGGUGUUUGUUUCAAUGGAUGAGAGAGAUUUAGUUGCUUGGAAUUCUGUUAUUAAUGGGUUUGCUCUUAAUGGAAAGCCUAAUGAAGCUUUGAAUUUGUUUAGGGAAAUGAGUUUGGAGGGUGUUGAGCCAGAUGGGUUUACUGUGGUUAGUUUGUUAUCUGCUUGUGCUGAGCUUGGUGCUUUAGAGUUAGGACGUAGAGUUCAUGUGUAUUUGUUGAAGGUUGGGUUGACGGAGAAUUUGCAUGUGAAUAAUUCGUUGUUGGACUUUUAUGCGAAAUGUGGGAGCAUAAGGGAGGCGCAGCAAGUUUUUGGUGAGAUGAGAGAAAGGAAUGUGGUUUCUUGGACUUCUUUGAUUGUUGGUUUGGCGGUUAAUGGGUUUGGUGAGGAAGCACUUGAGCUUUUUAAAGAAAUGGAAAGACAGAAACUUGUGCCUGGUGAGAUCACUUUUGUUGGUGUGUUGUAUGCUUGCAGUCAUUGUGGAAUGAUGGAGGAAGGGUUCAAUUAUUUUAGAAGGAUGAAAGAGGAAUAUGGUAUUAUGCCGAAGAUAGAACAUUAUGGUUGUAUGGUGGAUCUAUUGAGUAGGGCUGGUUUAGUUAAACAGGCUUAUGAAUAUAUUCAGGAUAUGCCAUUGCAACCAAAUGCUGUUAUUUGGAGGACCUUAUUAGGGGCAUGUACUUUACAUGGAGAUUUAGGUUUGGGAGAGAUAGCAAGAUCCCACCUUUUGAAAUUAGAGCCUAAACAUAGUGGGGAUUAUGUUCUUCUCUCAAAUCUUUAUGCAUCUGAACGUCGUUGGUCCGAUGUACAGAUAGUGAGGAGGUCGAUGAUUGAGGACGGUGUUUGGAAAACCCCUGGUUAUAGUCUCGUUGAAUUGGGAAACCGCGUUUUUGAAUUUACUAUGGGGGAUAGGUCUCAUCCGCGGAGUCAGGAUGUGUAUGCACUGCUGGAGAAGAUCACUGAACUGUUGAAGUUAGAAGGUUAUGUGCCUCAUACAGAAAAUGUGCUUGCAGACAUAGAGGAAGAGGAGAAAGAACAAGCUUUGUCUUAUCAUAGCGAAAAAGUUGCAAUUGCUUUUAUGUUAUUGAAUACAGCGCCAGGGACUCCGAUUAGGGUCGUUAAGAAUUUAAGAGUUUGUGCAGAUUGUCAUAUGGCUAUCAAACUCAUAUCCAAGGUUUACAAUAGAGAGAUUGUUAUCAGGGAUCGUAGUCGGUUCCACCAUUUUAGAGGUGGUUCAUGUUCCUGUAAAAAUUACUGGUAAUGUGUAAAAUCAUCUGGAUUUGGUAAUGACAUUUUGUGAGUACAAUGCUGUAUUGUUUUUGAGGUAAGAUUUGGUGAUUAGAUAUAGAGGGAGGGAGAGAUGGCUGAAGAUUUUGCUAACUUGCGGUCAUUCUCAGUAAAUACUCUCUACUGUAGGGAUCUGCCAAUUCAAGCCCCUUCCUCUUCCCGCGGAUAACAUGGUUAACAUUCAAAAGAUUAGGAAGGUUUAUUCCAAAAUCCGUCAUGAGUGCUCUUUCAAACAAAUUGUUUUUCUUGGUAUAUUCAAACAAAUUCUUUUAUUAACAGGAUAUUGCCAUAGCUAAGACUUGUAUCAUUUCAUAUACUUUGUACAAUAUAUUUCUUCAAGUUUCUGUGCUUCAAAUUGCUCGAUUUUCUGUUAUUGUUUCACUUGUUAGAAUGAGCCAUGACUCAAGAAAGUGUGACCUUGUACUGAAUAUUUGUGAAAGGAAAAAUGCUAAUACACUUUUCUAGGUUUGCUUUCUUUCAUACAAUUUUGAGCAUUUGAAUGAAUCUCAUUUGUAUU